UCAUGUAAAUGACUCUAUAUAUGGAAUUUAUUGUUCUUAUUCUUAUGGGCCUUGUUUUGGAUCUGAAGAUUUGAUAUUGUCUGGUGAAGAUUUUAAAAGCGAGAAGGGAUGUUAUUGUAAACCUACUAAUUAUAAAACACCCAUUAGAAAAAUUAGUGACAAAUUUUCAAUUGAUGAAUUUGAAGUAUUUCGAGUGGUUAGAAAAUUUUCAAAUACAGAUACAUCAUAA